CUCAUAGCAUAAGAAUAUCUUAGCCCGGAUCCUCAUACGGUCAACAGCGCUUUGACAUCGAAUGUUGAUUGGUGAAAAACGGGUGAUGGAGGUAAAUUUUAUCUCCACAACUGGCUUUUCACCAAUCAGCGCUCUGUGUCAAAGCACUGUUGUCUGAAUGAGGAUCCGGGCUUAUACAAUGGGUGCUCUCAGGUUUUAUUUCUAUACGGAGUAAAUACAUUGUUUUUUAUAAUUUAUUAAAAAUCGUGCAAUGUCAUGUAGUAAUAUACAAAUUACAACAUAAUUGAAGUUAUUUAUGCUGUCUUAAAUAACAAAAUUAUAUGUAAACGGUGAUCAUGGCCUCGUUACUCGUAAAUCGUACAGUUAGUGAUACUACGACACAGUUUUGUUCGUUAAUCGAAAGACUACUUUCGUUAACUAGUACAAAACUCAGCAACAAGAAACAGAUCAAUACGUGCUUAAAUGAUCUCAACGAACUAGAUUACAGAUGUCUCAAUAUUAUAAAUAAUGAUGCAAUAUUAUUAUUGGUGAAUCAACUUUGUGCAGCAGUUCUACCUACAGAAACAUCUUUAGUUCAAAAUGUUUGCAAAUUUCUGUACAAUUUAACUCAGAGCAACAUCAAGCUUCAUGGUCGGACAUUUGUAACUUGCAAACGAUGGAUUUUAGAAGCAUUGGAGUUUUCUGACCCACUGGCACAAGUUGAUGUAUUAAUUGCUAUAAAAAGUUUUUUACAUUUUGGUUAUUUUGAUGAUAUCAAUCAUCAUGUACGUCUGUUACUUAAAGAUAAGGGUUUGUUAAUGAAGCAUUUAAAUCCAUUAUGUAAUCCAUGGUCUGAAAUUAAUUUUCAUGCACUUGGAUGUUUAGAAGAAAUUGUAACAAACAAAAGCAAUGAUUAUUGCUUAUCAGAUGAAUUUACAUAUUUGAUAAAAAAUAUAAUUUUUAAAAUUUUAUCACUUCUACCAUAUCAUAAUGAUGAUAAGCUUUACUACAGUAAGAUCAUAAAUUUAUGCUUGCACAUUUUACAUUGUAUGAUUAUUGAAAAAUUGAUCCUUAAAUCUCCUGAUCUUAUUGGAGAAAUAUUAGGAGUGGUGCAAGCGUUCCUAUUUUAUGGCAUCAAAGGUUAUUCAGUUACAAGGCCACAAUUACUUCGUCCAGCUGCUAUGAAUCUCCCAGAACGAGUUCACAUAGUUCCCAAAUGCAAGAAUCUUAAAAAUCAUAAAGCAAGAUCUAGAAAAACAUUAGCCAAGAAAAAUACGUCCGAUUCAGGAAAUAAUGCCAUUCUAGAACAUACAGGAAUUUCCAAAUAUUCCAGUGAUUCAGAUACUUCGGAUACAGAGAUUAAUAAUUCUAUCCACAUCGAUUCCAAAGUAAGAUUGGGAGCUGUACGUUUAUUGCAGAUUCUAAUAGAAAUCACUCGAAGUAAAGAGAUUUUUGGAUACUGGCCACAAAUCGUAGCUACCGGUUCACGAAAUGACGCAAGAGUAUUGACAAGAAGCAUACUAGUUGAACCUGUGUCUAAAGUGCGACAGAAUGUAUUGUGUGCAUUAACUGAAUUGUUGAUAGGUGCUAAACCAUUUUUAAUACACGCCGAGGAUACCAAUCAUACCUCUUUCAUCACAUUCUUCGGCACAGUAUGUUUAAUGGUCAAGGAACUACAUUUUACAUUAUCAUUAAUUUUACUGGCUGAAAAAAAUGUAGCUGUAUUAACGCACGCGUUAAAAUGCACAGCAGCUCUUGUACAGGGCACAUCAUACGAACGACUGAAACCAGGUUUGGCUACCAAAUUAGUUAGGAAUUGUAAGCCGCAUAUAUUUCACAAAGAUCCAACUGUACGAGUUGCGGCACUAUCUAUUUUUGAAGCAUUUGCCUCAAAUGAACCUAUAACGCAAGAAAUAUUAAACAUAUUAGCUAAGCAAACUGUGGGUGAAAUAGGAUCAGAAAGUUCGCAGUUUGAUACUAGUUCCAUCAGUGACAUUGGAACAGAAGAAGAGGAAAUAGAUAUCGAGGAUAUCGAAAAUUCGACAAAUAGCUAUAAUGAGAUCACAUCAAUAUCAAAAGAUGAAAAUGCUUGUUUGCUGGUUCGCGUUUGUUUACAAAAUAUAUCUAAUAAGUUAGUUAAAAUACCUGUACGACUUCAAUCUUUAAAACUUAUGGGCAGACUGGUAUUUAAUACAGGAAAUCUUAUAUUUCCUCAUUUGGAGAAUGUGACUACGGUUUUAAUUUCGGUUAUGGAGGAAACAGAAAACCAAGUAAUAUUGCACGCAUGUCGAGUUUUAGAAAUUAUGUCUGGUUGCCUCGCAAAUACUGAAACUUAUAGUAAUGGUAUAUUAUUUUGGAACAUUAUAUUUGAACCUAUAAUAUCACUCGCCCAAACAUCACGGACCAUAUUGCGAGAAGCUGCUUGCGAUUGUCUAGGUAGCAUCAGUGGAAAUGUAUUCACACAAUUAUCGAGACAAAGAGUUAUAUUAAUAAUUACAAUUCUAUUUGGAGCAGUUCGUGAUGAAGAAAGUGCUGUAAGAGCAGCCGGCUUACGUGCAUUAGGAAUGUUGGUAACUUUACCGUCUUUGGAAUACGAUACCGGCUUUCUCAUGGAUCUGGCUGAUACGGUUUGUUCAGCUUUUGAGGACAAAAAUCUUGGUGUUCGUGUAAAAAGUGCUUGGGCAUUGGCGAAUUUGUGUGACUGUCUUUCCAGGCAAAAACAGCAUGAAGAUGUGGAACCAUUUCCUUUAGAAGAUUUAUUACCCAAACUGUAUCAUAUAAGCGUUAAGGCUACAAAAGAUAAUGAUAAAGUGAAGUGUAACGCCGUCAGAGCAAUUGGAACUAUUUUACAUUUAUGUCCACAGAAACAUAUACUUUCCGACACGACAAUAGGGUUGGACGCACUUAUCAAAUGUGCCGUUUUAGGAAACGAUAUGAAAGUACGAUGGAACGCUUGCCGAGCUUUAGGAUUGGUUUUGAGCCACGAUCCGGACGCGAUAUUGCCAUCUUCUUGGAAAGAUCAAGUAUUUCCAGCGCUUUCGACUUUGAUAUGCGAUAGUCCUAAUUUUAAAGUACGAACUAACGCCGCAUGGGCACUAUCUUCAUGUAAUGACUACGGUAAAUAUACUGUAAUGUUGUGGAAAAAUAUUGUAUUAGCAUUUGAAAAUGCUCAACAUGUACCAAGCUACGUUGAAUAUCCGCAUCGAGAUGCACUCAUUCAGCAAUUGUGCCUUACUCUUAGUUGUGUAGCUGCCCAUACAGAAAAAUCCGAACUACAAAGUCUUUGGAUAGAGAUUGGCGACCAUUUAGAAGAAAUUUCUAAUUUCAUGAAACAAUUUCAGGAGACUGUUUUACCUGAAAAGCUAGGAGAUUUAAUUAAAGCAAAAGUCCAAUUAGCACAGCAUGUGAAAAAUGCACAUUCUGUUGAAGAACGACAAAUCGCUCAAUCUUUGGCAAAUAUAUUCGAGAAGACUAAUCGCUAUGACAAUCUAGAUGCCAUUACCUCUACGAUAUAGAAUUGUAUAUACAACUAAAAUGAUGAAGAAAAAAAAAAUAAAGCAAUGUAAUAUA